ACAGAAAAGGAAAGCGGAGUCUUCUUUUGUGAUCUCCGAGCACGAAAGCUUCCGAAUCUUUCCUGUGUCUCUCACUUCCUUCGCGUUUUUUAAGCCUCUGUUGUUCCCUUUCACUUGCAGAGUUCAGAUCUCUUUUCUCUCGUCGCUUUAAAUCGUUUCCAAGCAGAUGGCAAUGCAGGAAGCCACCCCUGCCUCUCCCCCUAGUGCUGAAGUAGUUGGCAAUGCCUUUGUGGAGCAAUAUUAUCAUAUUCUGCAUCAAUCCCCAAACUUGGUGCACAGGUUUUAUCAGGAUUCAAGUUUCUUAAGUCGAACAGAUGGCAAUGGAGUGAUGUCAACAGUGACAACUAUGCAAGCAAUAAAUGAAAAAAUUCUGUCCCUUAACUAUGAAGACUACACAGCAGAAAUAAAAACUGCAGAUGCUCAGGAGUCAUAUGAUAAGGGCGUGAUAGUUUUAGUUACUGGGUGCUUAACUGGAAAGGAUGGUGUGACAAGGAAGUUCACGCAGACAUUCUUUCUAGCUCCACAGGACAAAGGCUAUUACGUCUUAAAUGAUGUAUUUAGGUAUAUUGAGGAUAAAGACACAUUGCAAUCAAAUCCUGUCUCAGAAACCAUCAACGAAAACACUGAGAAAGUUCCUGUGCCAGAAGCAGAGGUUGUAUAUGCUCCUGAACAACAUGUGGCAGACCCUGCACCUUCUGUAGAGGUGGAAUGCAUUCAUAAUGGCGCUGAAGUUGAUGAACCUUUGGACAAUGAGGGGGAAGGAUCAGUUAUUGAUGAAGAGGUUGUUGAACCCUCUACUGAACUGAAUCAAAGCAAUAUUGUUGCAAGUGUUGAUUCAACUCCAGCAGCCCAGGAUGAUGCACCAAGAAAAUCUUAUGCAUCAAUUGUGAAGGUAAUGAAAAGUCAUGCAGCACCUGGUCCUGUCUAUGUUCCAAGCCGAACUGUAAGAGCGGCAUCUGCAAAACCAAGUCAGCAAUGGCCUGCUGCCGCCAAACCUACUCCUGGACCUGAGGCACCAGCUCCUAAUAAUGAUAGUGCUCCUGAAAGUGGUUAUGUUCAUGAAGAAGCUGAAGGUCACUCGAUAUAUGUACGGAAUUUGCCAUUUAAUGCAACAGUUGAACAACUUGAGGAGGUGUUUAAGAAAUUUGGACCUAUUAAGCAUGAUGGAAUUCAAGUUAGAAGUAGCAAGCAGGGGUUCUGUUUUGGAUUUGUUGAAUUUGAAGAAUUGAGUUCCAUGCAGAGUGCACUUGAGGCGGCCCAUGUGACCAUUGGUGGUCGGCAAGCUGCUAUUGAGGAAAAAAGAACGACUACACGAGUCAGCGGUAGCAGUGGGAGAGGAAGGUAUCCUUCAGGAAGAGGUAGCUUCAGAAAUGAGAGCUUUAGGGGCCGAGGGAAAUUCAGCAGUGGCCGAGGUUAUGGAAGAGGUGAAUUCAGAAACCAGGGAGAGUUUUCUGGGCGGCCUAAGGGUUCAGCUGGACAGAAAGGAGACAGUUCUUUAGGCCAAAAUGGAAGUGGACGAGGCAGCCGGCAAGGCGGGGGAAGGGCAUAGUUCUCAACCAUCAACCUAAGCACGAUCAUUGGUGAAGAGAAACUAGUUGAUGGGUUUUUUUUUUUUUUUUCCUCCCUCUUUUACUUUUUGUGGUUAGCAGGAAAGCAAGCAAAAGACCACAACAUUUUUCCCUUGUUGAGGAAAGGGGACAAUAAUUUACCCUGUGGUUAAAUAGGCGGAAGUUGAGGGUUCAGAUUUGCAUGUUGCAAUCAUUCAACGGUAUAUUAGUCAUAAAUUUAUAAUUAGGAGGCUUACUCGGCCCAUACACGAGUGUUUUGGCAGACUCAUGUUUUUUUUUUGCUAUUUUCAAAAUGAAUAUUCUCUCUCUCUCUCUCUCUC